AUGAAGAAGGUCCCCGAGAAACUUGGCGGUUUAAAUGAAUACAAAGCAAUCAAGAAGAUUUUGAAACGCGUCACGUAUGAAGCAUUGGAUAUUCAAGAGUUUGAAGACACAUACUUGAAGAUGAUGGUGGACUAUAACAUUGAGAAUAAUGAAUGGUUGAAUUCUUUAUUCAAAAUUCGUGAUCGUUGGGCUCCUAUAUAUGUUAAAGGCUUAUUUUGGGCUGCAAUGUCCACCGCUCAAAGAAGUGAAAGCGUCAAUGCAUUUUUUGAUGGGUAUGUUGUUCCGACGACUUCAUUGAAGCAGUUUGUUGAGCAAUAUGAUGAUGCCUUGAAAAGCAAGAUUGAAAAGGAGAACAAAGCUGAUUUUGCUUCAUUUAACUCAUUGUCCGACGUUGUUAGAGGGAAAGAAGAUGCAUUUAGAAAGCAAGUGGUAUACAAUGUUUACACUAACGAGGAAGAAUUUGACAUUAAAUGCUCUUGUCAGUUGUUUGAGUUCAAGGGGAUUAUUUGUAGGCACAUUUGCAAGGUGCUUAUUGAGAAGAAUGUGAAAGACAUUCCGUCUAGGUAUAUUUUACCUCGAUGGAGGAAGGACAUCAAACGCAUGCAUACAUAUGUACAAAACUGUUAUGAUGAUCCACAAACAAGUGAGGAGAAACUACGGUACAAUAAAUUGUGCUCUCAUUUUACUAAAGCCGCAGAACUUGGAGCACAGUCAAAUGACAAGUACAACUUGUUGAUGAAUUAUGUGGAUGAGGCAAUUGAGAAGUUGAUGGACAACACAACUUAUUUAUACUUACAAUUUUCAAAUGUUGCAGUUGCGGAUCUUGGUGAUAUGCAUGCAGACCCAAGUUUGUAUACAACAAAGUUGCUUUACUUGAAGAAUGCUCAAGUCAAGGAAUCACUACCAUUCUAUGCAGAAUUUGUUGUAACCAUUCUGACUGAUUAUUGGAACAACUAUUAA